AUGGCUAAUGUGCACUUGUGGAAAGCGGAAGAAAAUGGGAAAAUUAAGUCAAGUGCGAUUUGGAAUGUUAUUAGGGAAAGAGGUCAAAUUGUAAGUUGGGCUUCACUUGUGUGGUCCUUGAAAAUCAUUCCGAGACACCGAUUUAUUCUUUGGUUGGCUUUUCGUGGUAGACUUAGUACCCGUGAUCGUAUUCUUGCUUAUAUGGAUAUUCCGGACGCCAAUUGUGUUCUUUGUAGUGGGUUUGCGGAGUCCAUUGAUCACCUUUUGGGUGGCUAUUUUUUUGCUAGGUCUAUUUGGAAUCUUUUACUUUAG